AUGCUAUUAUAUUAUACAGUAUCUAAUAUCUAUUUGACAUAGCUAUUAAUAAAGUCAUAACAUUUAUAUAUGCUUUAUUAUGGUAUGAAAAAGAUAUUCUUUCAUUGUGGUUGUUUUCUAAGAUUCUAUUAAUAGACCUAAAGUCCCAAAAGUAGAGAUAUGCAAGAACAAUAGAAUCGAUAAUCGAACAAAAUGAAUCAAUUAAUUGUAGAGGCAUAAAAUAAGAAUGGAAUUGACAUUCUUUAUUUGUUAUUUAGAUACCCAUAGAAAUCAUGAGUUUGAAAAUAAAAUAGAAUAACUUUGAAAUUUAAAUGAAGAGUACAAUUUUGAUAGAAUAUCUUCGUUUUAAGAGUUCCUCUAAAAUAGAAAUAAGAAUACCAUCUGUGAG